GAGGAGCAGUUGAGAAGCGAGAACUCGAUUGAAACGAGUGUUCCAGCAUUCAGUUGGCUUUCGAGACUCGAAGCUAUCGGUUAUUUUAUUUUUCAUUUUUUAUUUCGUUUUUUUUUUGUUUUUGUUUUUGUUUUCCUUUUUGUUUUGUUGUUCAUAAGAGACUCAAGUUACACUAGAGCGUGUAGGCCUGAUUGGCUCCCGACGCCUUUUGUUGUUGUUUGACUCGAUAGCCACCAGCAUGUCGAAGCUGUUGCUUUCGAUGUUCCGUUAUCCCCUUGGCUUGUUUGUUUUGCUGUUCUGGUCGCCCGGCCAUUAUUGCCAUCAGCAACUGGAACUGGACGCUAUCAAAACAAAUUCGUUGAUUGACAGCUCAGCUUUACUUCUUUCUCUGCUGCUGGCCAGCAAUGGAUCUGAUGCAUUGGCCAGUAACGCUGACAGUCGAUUCAGCCGGAUGGAGGAUCCUGAACUCGACAUGACUACGCCCCAGCUGAUUGCUCACAGGGGAUAUCCAGUUGAAAUUCACGAAGUGACAACAUCUGACGGGUAUAUCCUCGAGUUGCAUCGAAUUCCGUACAGCAGGCGAGUGCCAAGUCGCUUUCAACGUUCCAAACAGUUUGGCAAUAAAUAUGCAAAUCGGAUGUCAACGAGGCCGGUCGUCUUCCUCCAGCACGGAUUGCUUUGCUCCUCAUCCGAUUGGGUGCUCAACCCAACCGACAGGGGCUUAGCCUAUAUGCUGGCAGAUCGAGGCUACGAUGUCUGGAUGGGAAAUGCUCGAGGCAACACCUAUUCCAAGAAGCAUAUUUUCCUGAAGGAGAGCGACGAGGCCUUUUGGAGAUUCACGUGGGACGAGAUGGGCCUUUACGACAUUCCGGCGACAUUGGAGUACAUCCUCAGGACCACUGGCCGUCAGAAGCUGAUCUACAUCGGCCAUUCGAUGGGCACGACCAUGUUCUGGGUAGCCAUGGAAACGCAUCCCGAACUGAACGACAAAAUCGAACUGAUGGUGGGAUUGGCACCAGUGGCUUCCGUCUCUCGGAUGAAGUCACCCAUCAGAAUAUUCACUCCAUUCAUUCACGAAUUCCAGUUGAUGUUCGAGUGGUUUGGUACCAAGGCCUUCCUACCAUCGGGACCUGUCCUGAAACUCUUGAGCAGACUUUUUUGCGAUCAAACCAAAUGGGAAGAGGAUUUCUGCGAAAAUAUUUUCUUUCUGCUCUCCGGCUCGGAUCCUGCCAAUUUUAAUGAGGAAAUGGUGCCUCUCAUUACGACCCACACUCCAGCGGGAACAUCGACGUACACCAUCUUUCAUUACAUGCAAGAAUACUCUACGGCUGAAAGAUACACUCGCAUGGAUUGGGGCACCAAACAAAACAUGGAAGAGUACGGCCAGCCAACGCCCCCGCCUUAUAACCUGACAACAGUGACCGCGCCCGUCGUCCUCUACUGGGGCGAAAAUGACUGGUUGGCCAGUCCAAAGGACGUGACGUGGCUAGCCAAAAGAUUGACCAACCUGCAAGGCUUCUACCGGGUCAACAUGACGGCCUUCAAUCACUUGGACUUCCUCUGGGCAACGCAUGUCGACCAACUGCUUUACAAUCACCUCCUCCAACUCCUACCUUACUCCUAUUGAAAAAUGACCGCACCGCCGAACGGGAGAGACAUCAAAUGAAUUUUCAAUAAUCUAUACCAGAAUCGAGUCAUCGUCGCGCAGUCAUCAUAUGAAUUUGCGUUUUGCAACGUCAAUUAAGACACAUUUCUCAUUCCGCAGCAAAGAAAAAAGAAAGAAAAACUUUUGAUGAUGAUUUGAAUAAGAUGGAAAAGUUUCGUGUUGCGCAUUUUUCAGCCAUACUUAAGUACGUGUAGACAAUGUGGACCCCCUUCUACUAGUUUGUCUUUGAUUUGUUACUGUCGAGCACUUGAUUCCGUGAUUCGCGUUCCUCUUGUCUAGUUUCUAAUGUCACGAAUUGUCCCCACUGAUCGCGUGUUCCGUUGGCCUUGAUUAUGCGAAAAUGUUCUCCAAUAUUUAGUCAGAUAUUUAGAUGUAAUGUACAUGUCUGCGUACUCGCUACUAAUUCCAUGAUAUGUAAUUAUAAUACCAAUAUACAAAAAAAGCAUA